AUGGCAUCCCAGCUGGUGGUAGCAGUAGGGUUGGCCUUGUGCCUCAUCAUCAUCUCUAUGUACGCCUUCCAGCUGAUCGCAGACGCUCGCCGCCGUCUGCCCCCUGGCCCCUUUCCACUGCCGGUCGUCGGCAACCUCCUGGCCGUUGGACGGGGCAACCCCCAGCGUUCCCUGGCUCGCCUCGCCGAGCGCUACGGCCCGCUCAUGUCGCUACGUCUUGGCGUGGUGCCCGCGGUGGUGGUCUCCUCGGCGGACGCCGCGCGCGAGAUCCUCCAGAAGCACAACGCGGAACUGGCGGAUCGCCCCGUCCUGGACGCCUGGCACGCCCACGGUCACCGCGCCAACUCCGUCAUCUCGCUCCCGCCGCACGCCAGGUGGCGCGCGCUUCGGAAGCUCUGCGCGACGGAGCUGUUCGCGCCGAUCCGGCUGAAGGCGCUGCAGCCGCUGCGGCAGCACAAGGUGGAGGAGCUGGUGUGCUACGUCUCGGAGCGGGCGGCGCUCGGAGAGCCCGUCGCCGUCCGCGAGCCGCUGUUCACCGCGUCCAUGAACAUUGUGUCGCGCACCAUGUUCUCCGUUGACUUCGACUCAGCUGGGCUCGGCGAUAUAGUAAAGGAGGCCACGGUUUUGGCCGCGACGCCGAACGUGUCCGACUUCUACCCGGCGAUCGCGGCUGCUGACCUGCAGGGUGUGCGGCGCAGGAUGGAGCCGCUCGUCGCGGAUUUCUAUCAACUGUUAGACGAGGUGUUUGCGCAGCGGCUGCUGGAGCGGGAGGCUGGCGAGCCACCCAAGAACGAUAUGCUAGACGCGGUGCUUGAUAAGGAACAUGAAUGGCAGCAGAAGGAGGAGUCUAUCAUCAAUCGUUCAACAAUCAAAGGACUGUUCACGGACAUGCUUGUUGCGGGAUCAGAUACAAGCUCAACUACGGUUGAGUGGGCAAUGGCCUCCCUACUAGAGAACCCCGAAGUGAUGGAGAAGGUGAAGAGGGAGCUCACGAGAGUUGUUGGCACAAGAGCACAAGUCCAGGAGUCUGAUAUCGCCCAACUCCCAUACCUUCAAGCUGUUGUGAAAGAGGUGCUUCGCCUCUACCCUGUGGGGCCGUUGACGUAUUACCGGGCAGAGGCCACGGUAGGAGUCCAAGGAUACACCAUUCCUCAAGGAGCCACCAUAAUACUCAACAUAUGGGCAGUUCACAGGAACGCCGACGUAUGGCCUGAUCCACAUAAAUUCGUGCCUGAGAGGUUCAUGGGCGACGACGGAAACAACAUCACUGCUGAUUUCUCCGGCAAGGACUGUAAGCUGAUCCCGUUUGGUGGCGGGCGCCGCAUAUGCCUCGGCAUGCCGCUAGCGUAUAGAACGGUCCAUUUGAUCCUCGCGUCGCUGCUGCACCACUUCGAUUGGACGCUUCCUGAAGAGGCCAGGCAAAAUGGUAUCGAUAUGACAGAGAAGUUUGGAAUUGUGAUGUCUAUGGCUACUCCACUAAAAGCCAUCGCCAAGAAGCGUAUGCUAGAUGCAUGA